AUGAUUGCCAAUAGGAUACAGUUUGACGCUGUCAAGCAUGAUAUCUUCCAUCCCAACCAACUUGGCGGCAUCCGCCAGAGGUUGACUGAGGAUGCUGGAUUGAUUUUGACUCAUCUCGUGCGAGCGGGGUGGGUUAAGGGUCUCCAGACUAGCGUGCUGGCUUUCGACAUCGCGCAGUUCUUCCCUUCUAUCAACCAUGAGAUGUUCAUGGCUGUACUUCGCAAGCAAGGGUUCUCGCCAGUUUUGGUGGAGUUCUUUGCCUCCUAUCUCGUUGGUCGUUCCACAGUUUAUUGUUGGAACACCUUCCAAUCCGACUCGCGGUCUGCGGACGUGGGUGUCAGGCAGGGCUCUGCCCUCUCGCCUGUUAUCUCUGGGCUGUUCAUUGCUCCGGUAAUGAAGCUCUUCUACAUCAAAGCGGCGCUGCUCAACAUGACGCUACUCUCCUUUGUGGAUGACGGGACCAUCUUGGCCCAAUCCAAACAACUUGAUGAUAAUAAUGUAGGCCUGCAUAAGGCCUACAAAAUUAUCUACCUCCUCUUUGUUGCCUUCGCACUUGUUCUUGAACACAACAAGACCGAGCUGUUCCACUUUUCGCGUUGGCAAGAUGCCUAUAAUCCCUCGCUGGAUUUGGGGUACGCCCCGCAUACCGGUGUUACACCUUUGAAGCCCAAGACCUAUUGGAGGUACUUGGGCUUCUACUUUGACCGCGGGCUCACGUUUCAUGAGCACGUUCGCUACUAUGCCACCAAGGCGUUUACCACCGUGCAGGCCAUGCGCAUGCUCGGGAACUGUACUAGAGGUCUCUCGCCUAAACAGCGCCACCUCUUAUAUCGGUUGUGUGUGGUUCCCAUUGCCAUAUACGGCUAUCGUCUCUGGUAUUUCGAUGGCGCUCACAAUAAGGGCGCGAUGAACCAGUUGAAACGGAUGCAGCGGAAAGCUGCUCUAUGGAUCACGGGUGCUUUCCGCACCUCACCCACAGGCGGUCUUGAGGCUCUAGUGGGCCUCAUCCCCGUCCACCUUAUGCUGAAGAAGCUGGCAACGCGUGCAGUGUAUCGUGUAGCCACCCUCUCAGACACUCACCCUCUUCGCUCUAUGAUGGGCGAGGGACUCCUCAAGCGAGCCGCACCACAUGCUCGCUCCGCCGCCUUGAUGACCCCAGCCAUGCGAGGGAAAGUCAAGAGCACUGUCAUGGAGGUGGAUGAGCGAGUGCACACGAGCAGCGAGGUGCUCAAUGGCUGUGUGUUGGUCAUCAGAAUAGACGUUUAUUAG